CCCAUUUGUAUUUAUGUUCCAUCUCUUUCUCGCGAAAUUUGUGAAAUGUGAUCAUCACCACCACAAUCUGAAACCCUAAUUCUUCAAUGGAGUCGUUACAACCACCAUCAUCUUCUUCGGUUGUUUCUUCAUCGAAUUCAAACGCAUUAACCGAUUCCGGACAACGAAACUGGCUUGAUCUUCCACGAGACGCGAUAUUGUCCAUUUUCGUGAAGCUUGACACAGUUGAUCUUCUUGUUCGCGCCCACAAUGUUUGCACCACAUGGCGCAAUAUCUCGAAGGACCCUUUCCUCUAUCGCACCAUUGACAUGUCCAAUUUGGACGAACUUGAAACCAGUUUUGAAUUAAUGAAAACCAACUCUCAAUUAGAGAUUUUAUGCCACCGCGCCAUUGAUUACAGCCGCGGGCAUGCAAUUGAUAUCAACAUCGAGUAUUUUGGCACUGAUGAUCUUCUUUCUCACAUUGCUGAUUCUGCAAGUCAUCUACGAUGCCUUCGUCUUGCAUGUUGCUAUAGUGUAACACAUGAAGGAUUAUGUGUAAUAGCUGAAAAGCUUUCUCACUUGGAGGAACUUGAUAUAACAAUUAGUGGUGGCUUAACUCAUGAUUCUUUGGAAGUCAUUGGCCGAAGUUCCCCUCAAUUGAAAACCUUUAAAUUCAACAUUGAAGUGUACUUACAUCCGCAUAUUGUGUAUGAUGACGAUGCAUUUGCUAUUGCGAAGUUCAUGCCUGGGUUAUGCCAUCUCCAGCUUAUUGGAAACAAGAUGAGUAAUGAUGGUUUGCUUGCUAUUCUUGAUGGUUGUCCUCAACUGGAAUCUCUUGACAUUCGUCAGUGUUUCAAUAUUAAUUUUAUAGGAAGUUUGGCAAAGAGAUGUAAAGAACAGAUCAAGUAUUUACUCCUCCCAAAUGAUGACACCGAUGACUAUCCAUUUGAAACUGAAGACUAUCCAGAAGACUAUCCAUAUGGGAUUUCGGACAUAGAUUUAGAUUUAUUGUCUGAGGAUGAUUAUGAAUUGUCAGAUGGGAGUGAAUUUUCUGAAUUUGAAUUUGAUGGUAACUAUUAUGACUUUUGACAAAUUUGAAACAUUUCAGCAAGUGAAAAAAGUGCUGUGAAUGUCUUAGUGACCACUCCCCGUUGUAACAUGAGGUUUGUUAGGUGGUUGCAGCAUGUGAGUCUUUUACAUGGGCAGAUAGUUUAUUUUCAUUUGGAACCUUUGUGAAGCAGUUACUUACAAUUUGUGAUUAUCUGAUAAAUGUAAUGGAUAUUUUAUUUGGCUUUAUGUUUAGAAAUGAGAUUUGGCUCUAAACUUCCAACACAGGGGAAGUGAAGUUGGCAUUUAA